GCGCUCUGCGCUUCAGUCAGCGGAAUACAAACAGACGUUUUCGGAGGAGAGAGCAGAUAUUGCUUUCUGAGGCAUAAUUCUCCUCUUCAGGGGGUUUCUGUUUGUGUCGCCUGUUGACCAUGGGAACGCAAACUGACACUCGGGGUCCGGUAAAAUCGGUUGGAGGAGCCGUUCAGUGACAGCUGCUGUUAUUUGACUGACAGACCGGUGAAACGUGACGGACAGGUAAACGUUUCAAAUCAAUGGCCUGGGGAAUAACGCCAACAGAAAAUAUGCUGUAACGUGAAGUGGUGUUUUUAUUUUGGACUUUACCGCGUUGUGGCUGAAGUAUGGGGCCGUGAUAGCCGGUAAAGCGGAGACUGGAGGUUUGUGUCUGGGUUUGUCUGCGCUCCGUCCCCUCCGGUGGACACAACUGAAGAGACUGGAGACACGGACGGAGACGGGGCUGUUUUUGUUCCGGCGGAGACAUGGCUGCGGCCAUCGCCAGCGGUUUGAUCCGGCAGAAGCGACAGGCGAGGGAGCAACACGCCCACCGACCGACAACUCACCGGCGGCGGAAGAGCCCCGGUAAGAAGCAGGGGCUGUGCAACGGGAACCUGGUCGACAUCUUCUCCAAAGUCCGGAUAUUUGGCUUGAAGAAGAGGAGGCUACGGAGGCAAGAACCACAGCUGAAGGGCAUAGUGACCAGGUUGUUCUGCAGGCAGGGCUUCUAUCUCCAGAUGGGCCAGGAUGGAAGUAUGGAUGGGACCAAAGACGACAGCACCAACUCCUCUCUGUUUAACUUAAUUCCUGUGGGUCUGAGAGUCGUGGCCAUCCAAUCAGUCAAGACUGGCCUCUACAUCGCCAUGAACGGAGAGGGUCACCUCUACUCAUCGGAAUUGUUUACAGCGGAGUGUAAGUUUAAGGAGUCGGUGUUUGAGAACUACUAUGUGAUCUACAGCUCUAUGCUCUACAGACAGAAGGAGUCGGGCCGGGCCUGGUUUCUGGGUCUCAAUAAGGAGGGACAGGCCAUGAAGGGCAACAGGGUCAAAAAGACCAAACCAGCUGCACACUUCCUGCCUAAACCUAUAGAAGUUGCGAUGUACCGAGAGCCAUCGUUGCACGACGUAGGGGAGGCGGUGCCUAAACUCGCCGGGGGCCCGCCUUCCAAAAGCACAACCAGCGAACCCGUGGUCAUGAAUGGCGGCAAACCAGUAAACAAACCCGACAAGGAGGCGACAUAACCCCGCCCCCCUUUUUACCUUCACCUGGCCAACCAGAGGCCAGGAAAAGCCAGAGACUCGCCCCACUGCUGUGCUCUCAAAAAAAAACUGCAACAAAAGUAACAAAACAAACAGCAGCUCAAGUUCUGAGUGGUCAGCAGUGGGGCUGCUCCUCCCACCUCACCUCUUUCGCAAUUGGUUUGAUCCGGUGUUGUGGGGCAGGGCCAGAGGGACACGACACUGCGGCUGGUGGUGGGUGAAGAGGAGGAUGAAGACCGUAAAGUCAGGCCAAUGCCAGCCAGAUAUUUUGGAACUGGGACAGUGGCAUGCCCUCGUGUGGGAGACAAAAUUACUUAAAAGUAUAAACAAACAAAGAAACGGGGAACAAAUGUCGUCUUCACCGGUAUUUUUCUGUGACAAUCUGUAAGAAUGAGGCCCCUUUUUCCCUCCUGAUAAUACUGUUUUCUGUUGCCAGGUAUGCUUGCUUGCUGGUGGCUACACACACAUGCACACAACUCCCACCCAAAAAUCGACCACUUGGAUUUGAUCUUGGAGUAAAUACAGAACAGAUUAAAAACAUCAGCAAACAUCGGGCAAAGAGAACACCUUAAACACCAAACAGUGAUUCAGAGGAUACUUAGUCAUCGAUCAAUUAAGAUUUGGCACAGGACAUUCUGUACUAAGCUUACAAUUAAAUGUACUUGUGCAUUACAUACAGGGCAAACACAUCUUACGGCCUAUCCUUUAUUUUAUUCACAUACUAAUAUAUAGCUUUUAUAAAGAGAGUUCUUCUUUGACACCACAAAGCUUAAAGCAUGUUUGUCUUUUCAGUAAUCCUUUAUUAUCUAUUUGUACGGUGGUUUAUUAUUCUGCACACACAGAGCACUAGUGAUUAUUGAGCUACAUUGUUGUACAGACACAAAACCUAUUUUUAGUUUCUACCUCUCUGUCUAACACGUUGUUUUUUUUUCUGUCCCUUUACAAAAGCUAUGAUUUUCACAUCGCUGACAAAAGUGUAGCUCAGGAGAGGAGAUCAACUGAUGUGUCAAAUGAAGAGUUUUGGCAUCAAGUUGCUCAAAUUAGCGUGUAGCUGAGUGCCGAAACCAGGACGAUUUCCACAAAUUCUCUGUUUGUAGCAAAAUGGAGUGUACAAGAGGCAUGCUGGAGCCCAAGCAGCAUGGUAGCAGUCAGUGUUUACAUGGAGUAGCAGAUAUUGUAGAGGUUUAACACAGGGAGGGUAACACCUUAAGAUGGUAGAAGGUAGCACUUUUUAUUUCUGUUGCCUUCCCAAGAACUUGAAAUUAAAGGUUGGAAUGAGGGUAGUAGUUAACAGAGUAUGAGUACAGAGUAAAGUAUGCUAAAGCCGCUAUGUGUAGAAUUUUAACACUUCCGCCUUUACUGUACUGUGGUACUUUCAGAAAAGGCACUGUGGUAGACAGCAACACCUCCCAUAGAUGACGUUGACUAUGGGUCUUCAUGGGUCUGCUUAGUUCCAAGGAACCCAGACCUGGUCUAAUUGGACCAGGUACGGUCCUGUUACAUUGACACAGGUUUCAGGCAGCGUUGAAAAAAGUACUCGGAUCUUUUACAAAGAAAUACUACAAUGUGAAAAUAUUCCUUUACAUCCUUCAUUCAAAAUCCCAC